AUACAUAGGUCCUGAGUGUUUUGAUAUCACAAUGCGACACAUUUAUUAUUUAUUAUACGCACAUUCAUACAACUUUGGAAUUCCAGUAAAUAUAACAAAGAUGCCAAAUUGUUUUUCAAAUGUCCAAGUAUUGGGGAGAUAACUGUUUCUAGUUUUAUAUUACAUGUAGUUAUUUGUGAGUAAGGUGCAUUAUAAAAUAAGGACCGAAAACAGAAAUAUUGGACAUAUAAAUAAUGUAAUAACGAACGGGAUUUGAAUUCAACGUGCACACUUUGUUGAAACACUGAUUUAAAUACAAGUUUAAGAGUUUUCUCUAGACGCAAGUGUACUGGUAUAUAUAUAAAAUAGAGAACUCGUAUUUGUAAUGAAGAUAGAAGGCGGAUUCUCGAGUUUUUUUUUUGUCUUUUGUUUUUGUUUUUUGUUUAUUAGAAACGAUUGUAGAAGGGCGAGCCUGUCUGUGACAGUAAUAUAAGCGGUCGGUAAGAUCAUGUGAAAUUCGUUGUUUAAUUAUAUGGACACGUGUGAACUGAGGAAAUGGCCCAUAAACUGAUAAUUGUAUUACAAAGCCAUUCAUAAUCAACAUCGAGUUUUGGUAAUUCCAAUUCAAUUACACGUAGGUUGUUUUGAAUUUGUAUGUCAUUGCAUGCAUCAUUUAAGUUUCAUUCUUCAAAUUCAUGGAAAUGCCAAUCAUUUAAAUAAAAAAAAGAAUGGAACACUGAAGCAGUUUUAUCUAAAUUUGGUAAUGUUCCCUGUGUGGGAAUGGGUAUUUCGUAGAAACUCGGGUUGUUUUGGGUAUAAAUAAAGCGCCGUUUUCUUUAGGUUUAUACUCGCUCGAUGAAAGACAUCUUACAAUCAUAAACUCAGGUAAGUUUUUUCUGAAUUUUUUGAAUCUUUGAUUUUUUUUUUAAAAAAGAAAAGAAAAGUACUAGAGUCAUUGUAUUUAGAUGUUUCCUAUUGGUUUAAUGAAAUUAUGAAGAAAGAAAUACACGCAUCGAUCUUUUUUCCUACCGCUUCUUAAAUACCUUCUUUUUUUUUAGUUUUCCUUUUAAAAAUGUCUUAAUUAUUUUAGCUUUUCUUAAUAUUCUUUCACUAAAUUAUUGGUAAAUUUAACUUGAAAAAAUAUUGGGUGUAGAAUGUCAUUAUGAAAUGUAAUGAUUCAUGAAAGAUUAUUUUAAUGGGCAUAAGAAUGAAAAUUCGUGAGUGCACAUAGGUUGAAAUAGAUAAGACCAUCCACUGUGAAAAGAUCAAGUGGUGUUACGUCAGCCAUUAAAUGAGCAAGUUUCUCUUGUUCCAUUCGCGUGCCUAUUGAACGAAAUCGAUAUUUCAUACAAUAAUAUCAAUUAAUGCAUUUUUAUUGCUUUAGAAUUUAGUAAUGAAGAUAUCAUUUUGUUUCUUUCCAGGACGAACGAUAUUCGUUGAUCACAACACAGACUGAAAACGAAAUGGCUGCACCAACGUCCAUCAAUGUUGAGGAAAUAAGGGAAAGAGUUUGGAGAGAAAUUAGAGCUGAAGAUGUCCCGAUCACAGAACACCAGAGAAAAGACAUCGAUGCUUUGAUCUCUGGUUGUGCUGUAAAGGUAGAUGCGAUUACUAAAAGCCUGGCUGGACUACGUGAAGAUGCGCCUGUAUCCGAACUAGAAAAGCUGCUGAAGUCACACAUGGCCGAUCAUAACAUGAAAGCAAUACGGGAAGCGUUCCGAACGGAAACCUUCACCUUGAACAUAGAGAAAUCAGGAGACACGUAUGUAGCUAAAUUCAGUCGUGGUGGAGAAGUGUUUCAGGAAAAUGUACCUCUCACAUCAAAACAGAAUGUUUCACAAACCAGAGAUCAACAAAUUGCCAGUCUCAUCCUCGAAAUCAUCUUCCUUCUGUUGGGGUUGGCCGGUAUCAGGUUACCUCUCUCUAAAUCGCAACUCCAAAGAAUCAUUGACGAAAUAUUGAAAAUGAUUAGAGCUGGAAGUUUCCAAACCACCAUUCAGCAGUUGAUCGAUCGCUGGACUAGAGGCAACGCCAGACAGCGAGCAGUAGCAAUCUAUAACUUCAUCGGAGACAUUUUUAACCUCGGAAUACUCAGAAAUAUUCUCAAUAUUGUUCUUGCUGAUAUGUCUGCCUGGGAAAGAAUUCGGACAAUUGCAGAAGUAAUUCUCCUGAUUCUUCUUGCCCUGGGUUCAGGGGGCCUCGCUCUCAUCGCUCAAAUUUUGCUCGCUCUCAAUGAUACAGUGAAAAUUGGUGAGAAAAUUCGAAACUUGAUCCUUUUGAAUGAACUACAUGACAAAGUCUGAGAAAAGUUAACAGUACUGCAAUGUUAUCUUAGAAUGACGCUUACAUUUGCUUUUCAAUAAAUUUUUAUGACUCUAUUGUACACUAUAAUGUAUAUUCUUAUAUAAUUAACCUGUAUUUGUAUAGUGAUGAUUGCUUAUUGACAUUCACUAACCUGUGCUUGUGUAUACUCUGUACAUGUAGAUGUUUAAUAAUGAGAAUGCUUGAAUGCUUGAAAUAAAUGUAGUCUUUAA